UUGAAGAUCGUGGUCCAUUUAACCGCCUUAACGCGCCAAAAUCAAUUUUGGCAAACCCAAAAUGCUCCCACCUCUCUUCUUCUUCUUCUUCCUUUCCCACCAACAAUGCGCAGCAACAUAUUUCACAAGGCACAAAGGGUCAUGACCCUUUUCAAGCAGUGCACCACCAUGAAAGAGGUCAAGCAACUCCAUGCCCAUAUAACCCACACCGGGCUCGAUCAAACCCUCUGUGUUCUCGGCAAGGUCAUCUCAUUUUGCGCGGUUUCGGACCUCGGAGACAUGGACUAUGCGGUCUCUGUGUUCAGCUGCAUUGAAAGCCCAGAUGGGUUUUUAUGGAACACCAUGAUUAGAGGGUUUGGGAAGACUGAUAAGCCCGAAAGGGCGUUUGAGUUUUGUAAGAGAAUGCAGGAGAAAGGAAAUGUAGCCGACAAUUUUACCCUCUCGUUCUUGCUCAAGGUUUCUGGGAAAUUGGGAUCGGAUAUAUUGGGGAAGCAGAUACAUUGUACUACUGUGAAAUAUGGGUUUGAUUCUAAUGUGUUUGUGAGGAACACCCUAAUCCAUAUGUAUGGUAUGUUUGGGGAUGCAAAAACUGCUCUCCACCUGUUCGAUGAAAUGCCUAGCCCAGAUUUAGUAUCGUGGAAUACCAUUAUUGAUAGUCAUGUGAAUUGCGGAAAGCGCAACGAAGCGCUAGAUUUGUUCUUGAGGAUGAUGGAUAGGGGUGUAGAGCCUGACGAGGCCACUGUGGUUGUGACCCUCUCGGCAUGUUCUACAUUGGGUGCUUUAGAUUUUGGGAGGUGGGUACAUUGUUUGGUUGAUCAUACGGAUCUUGGCAACGUUGUGACGGUGUCUAAUUCGUUAAUUGACAUGUAUGCGAAAUGUGGAGCUGUUGAAGAGGCGUAUGAUGCUUUUAAUAAGAUGAAGGGGAAGAAGAACAUAGUAUCUUGGAACACGAUGAUUCUCGGGCUUGCGACGCAUGGUCAUGCGGACAAAUCUUUGGAACUGUUCUUGAAAAUGUUGGAGGAGAAGCUUGAGAGACCGGAUGGUGUUACUUUCUUGGGAGUUCUGUGUGCUUGUAGUCAUGGAGGGAUGGUUGAUGAAGGAAGAAGAUAUUUCAAAAUUAUGACCAAAGACUAUCAGAUUCAACCAACAGUGAAGCACUACGGAUGCAUGGUUGAUAUGUUGGGGCGAGCUGGGUUUGUGGAGGAGGCUUAUAGGUUGAUAAGGAGCAUGCCGGUGAAGUGUAAUGCCAUUGUAUGGAGGACAUUGUUGUCGGCGUGUCAGGUGCACGGUGAGGUCGAGCUUGGAGAGAAGGUCAGGAGUCAUCUUUUGGAGUUGGAUUCAGAUCAUAGCAGCGAUUAUGUGCUUCUGGCUAACAUGUAUGCAAGUUUAGGCCAGUGGAACGAAGCUAUGAGAGUAAGAAGAUCAAUGCAGUACAGGGGAGUUGAGAAACUUGAGCCUGGUAAUAGCUUGGUUGGCGCAGAUCUUCAUAACUGAAGCCUAUUCUUAAGAUAUGUUUACCAGUUCAUAAUUUUAGAACCAUAUCAAAAUAUUGUUGCCUGUGAUAAUUUUACUCAGAAAGCAUACUCUGUAAAUUUUAGAGAUCAGUAGAUCAGAAUAUGACAUGAUAUUCAAGGACUAGUUUAAAGUCGUUGAUCAUUGUAUACAAUUACAUCUAAAGUUUUUUUUUU